CCGACUCCCGCGCCCGGGCCCCGGUCUGUGUCCCCUGCCCCAGCCCGCACACCCCGCCGGAGGCGCCCGUCCUCGCCGCCUCCCUUCGGACGGGCUGAGUGAUGGCGCCUCGCACUCUGGAGACUCUCUGGGUUUGGGCGUUAAAUCAGCCACCACCUUCCAUCCCACUCCCUUCGGGCUCCACUUCCCUCUAAUUCCCCAUCUGGAUCCUUCUCCGCCCAGCCCUUGCCCCGGCCGGCAGGUCCGAAAGCCCCCCCCCCAGAGGCGGCGGCGGACCCGUUCCCGAGGUAGACUUCCUGGCUGACCUCCUUGGCCAGAGGGGCCUGGCCUGGCACCCAGCUCUCCUGCGUGGCCGGCGGUGAGACAUGGGGUUGGCGAGGACCUGGCACGCAGCUGUGUAGUACCUGGAGUCAGCAGCACCUACCGAAGGAUCCCGGACGCUGUUCAAGGUUGCUCCCUGGACUCCUGGAAAGGGGAUGGCCAGCUGAGAGGUGUCAGGAGGCAGGAGCCACUUCUCAAACUGGCUUCUCGGGACUCUGGAGUGGAGAUGGUGGUUGGGGACAGCCCCCUGGCCACCUCACCAGGUCUUCCUCAGGACUCUCUGGACUUUGAGCCCACAGGGAGCCCUGAUCCCCGGGCCCUUGCUGCCAUGGAGCCUCCUGCCCACCUGAGCCGGCUCCUGGCCAACCGUAAGCUGGAGCAGGUGCUGGAGCGGUCCCGCCAGCUCCCGACUUCCCCUGUCGGCAUGUCACAACACCAGUACUCCCUGAAGCCACCUAUCAAGUCUGAAUGUGAAAUGCCCCCUUUUGGAGCAGGGGAACAGGAGGCCACUGAGGCAGAAACUGACCUAGAGGCAGGUCUGGAAGGAGCAGAGGUGGUGGGGGGCCUGGGGCCUAAGGCCUGGGCCUGUCUCCCAGGGCAGGGUCUCCGCUAUCUGGAACACCUGUGCCUAGUGCUGGAGCAAAUGGCAAGGCUCCAGCAGCUCUACUUGCAGCUGCAGACCCAGAGGCCCCCAGGGGCGAGCGAGCUGCAGGUCGGGCAGGAUCCUGAAGCGGUAGAGGGGGAGUGGGGGGAGCAGCAGCAGCGGCCACCGCCACCAGCCCUGGACCCUUCGCCUCCACCUUCUUGUGCCCCAGGCGGUGAGGUACAGGAACUGCUCAGCCAGACCCAGGAGACAGGGGCCAACACAGCUUCACCCCUAAAGGUAGGGGUUCCCAGUGCCAACCCUCCCAGGCUUUUAGAGGCUUCAGCAGAGCCAGCUCAUAUCUUUCCAUCCUCCCAGGGACACAAGCGGGAUCUCUCCCACUGGAACAAGGUCAAGGUCCUGCUCAACCGGAUCCGUUGGAGAAGCUCGAAACACUCUGAGUCCCCUGCCCCUCCUGAUGGCCCUGCCCCAAGGAUUGAGUCAAGGGGUGUCCCUGAAAGACCUCCAUUCCAGCCCCUCCGGAAGACCUUUAUGCCAUCAUUUGUGGUUAAGAAGCAACGAGCCAAAAACCUUUCUGUAUGCUGAGAAUUCCUGGCGCAGGGACAUGACCUUGGGUGGAGGGGUGUGCAGUGCAGUCAUCUUCCUCGGCCUUUGCCCUGUUACUGUUUCUGGGCACUGCCAGGAAAAGCUGCUGAUGCUCACCCUUCUCUCUGAGGAGAAGGCUGGACCUUUCUCUUCUGGGCAGCCUGGCAGAGGAGCCCUGGUUCCCUGAGUGGCCCCAGGGUGUGGCAGCCCCUGGGCGCCUUGCUGGUUGCCAGAAAUCCCUGGGCCUAGACAAUGUGAACUAACUUAUUUAUCGGGAGUCCAUGGAGCAUGUUUGGCCUGGUGAUCUGUUGGGGCCUAGCAUGUCGCAGAUGUGUAUUUAUGCAAAGUGAUACGUGUAUCUCUGCAAGUCUGUCACUGUUGUGAACUGGCUGGAUCCAACCAUGUCUUCUGAAUCAUGCAUUCAAAGGGUUGGUCUGGGUGAGGUAAAGGAUGGCCACCUUCAUUCCUCAGUGGGCAGUUACUGAUUUGGAAUCUUGCUUUCCUCCUCACACCCUCGUUGGCAGCCCUAAGACAGAGAAGGGUGCUAUCUUGGGUUCCUUUGCAUUGAGUCUUGCCUGUGGAGCAGAGCCCCUGAAGACUGAACCUGGAAUAGAAAGGUCAGGGACAACAUGGAGAAUAGCAGAGUAAGCUUCAAGGUCUGCCUUUAGCUGCUUUGGUCCCUGAUAACCUUAACACAUCAGAGUUGAAACCAGAGACUCAUUCUAGCUUUUGACUCUAGACUCAUAGCUUCCUACUUAAUCUCCCAAAUGGUCUAAUGAUACCUGCCCUACCUACCUCACAGUCUUAUUAAUGAAGAUAAAACGAGAUGAAA